GAGCAAAUGCUGAGUACCCUGAGGCAAGGGAUUUAACUUAUGCCGAAUUCCCUCAAAAAUUUGUUUGGAACCAAAAAACAAGAGAAUUUCAGCCGCGAAAAAAAGGGUUUGCAAUAGGUCGUCUCACGUAUGUGCCUCCGGGAUCAGGAGAAUCUUAUUAUUUGCGAUGUGUCCUUAAUUUGAGGCGUGGGGCUACAAGCUAUGAUGAUUUGAGAACUGUGGAUGGGAUUAUUCAUAAGACAUAUCGUGAUGCAUGUUUCGCUCUAGGACUGUUGGAUGAUGACAAGGAGUACGUUGAAGGAUUUUCAGAAGGUAGUGUUUGGGCUACUGCGUGGGGCCUUAGAAAGUUGUUUGUGAUUUUGUUGGCAGCAGAUACAAUGAGUAGACCGGAAUACGUUUGGGACAAAUGUUGGACAUUUAUGUCGGAUGAUAUUCUGCACAGGCAAAGAAGAGCUUUAAUGCAUCCAGAUUUGAAGUUGACUGAAGCCGAGAUUAAGAACUAUGCAUUGACUGAAAUCGAAAUGAUGUUGAGGAGAAUGGGCAGGAGCUUAAAGGACUAUCCAUCCAUGCCAUUUCCCACAAUAAGCGACGCUACUCUGUAUCAGAACAGGCUAAUAUUUGACGAGUUGCAAUACGAUCGUGUUGCCUUACAUGAAGAGCAUGACAAAUGCUUACAGAGUCUUAAUGAUCAACAACGUCAG